UCUUGUUCUCUCUCUCUCUCCUCCCUCUUCGCUGAUUGAGUUAUUCUCCGCCGCCACCCCUCAGUGCUUGCUGGGUUUCCGUCGUGUCGACUGCCCAGAGUCCGCGAUCGCAGCCCCGCAGCGGCCCUUAAGAAGCCCUAAAGCCCCACCCCGGCCUCCACACGCACCCCGGCCUCCACAUCAGCUACGCCAAAGCGUAGUUGCCGCAGUCGGGUAUAAUCAGAACAUUCCUGAGCCCGGAACAUUCCAGACUCGCACCGCUGAGGCAUGUCCCUGCACAACUUUGGGUUGGAACCCCUGUCCUGUCAUGCCUGGAACAAAGACAAGACGCAAAUUGCCAUCAGCCCCAACAACAAUGAGGCGCACAUCUAUCAGAAGAACGGAAAAGAGUGGACCAAGAUCCACGAGCUGACAGAGCACAGCGGCCGGAUCACAGGCAUCGACUGGGCCCCGGAGUCCGACCGCAUAGUGACAUGUGCCGCGGACCGGAACGCCUACGUGUGGACCCUGAAGGACGGCGUCUGGAAGCCCACGCUGGUUCUGGUCCGGAUCAACCGGGCCGCCACCUGCGUCAAGUGGUCGCCCCUGGAGAACAAAUUCGCCCUGGGCAGUGGCGCCAAGCUGAUCUCCGUGUGCUACUUUGAGAAGGAGAACGACUGGUGGCUCAGUAAGCACAUCAAGAAGGCCAUGCGCUCCACUGUGCUGAGUCUGGACUGGCACCCCAACAACAUCCUGCUGGCUGCUGGGUCGGCAGACCUCCACUGCAGGGUGUUCUCAGCCUACAUUAAGGACAUUGAGGAUAAGCCCGGCCCCACAGCCUGGGGGGCGAAGAUGCCGUUCGGAGAGGUUCUCCUGGCGCACAAGGACUGCGGAGGCUGGGUCCACAGCGUCAGCUUCUCCCCGUCCGGGGACAGCCUGGCCUGGGUCAGCCACAACAGCUGCAUCGGCGUGGCCGACGCCGCACAGGGCAAAGAGGUCACCCAGCUGGCCGUAGAGCACCUUCCGCUGACGAGCGUCCUGCACAUGAACGAGACGGAGAUCGUGGCAGCGGGUCAUGACUGCUGCCCGUACCAGUACUCCUACAAGGGCCCGGGCAGUCUGGAGUUUGUGAAGAAGCUGGACAUCCCCAAGCAGAGCUCCAAGAGCCUGGUGAGCGCCAUGCAGAUCUUCCGCAACCUGGACAAGAAGGCCACGGCCGAGGAGGACGACAGCGAGCUGGACACGCGGCACCAGAACAGCAUCACCCAGCUGCGCCCAGUGGAGGGAGACAGGGGGAACGUGGAGAAGUUCAGCACCGUGGGCCUGGAUGGAGCCAUGGGAAUUUGGGAGUUCAAGCUGUGAGAUCUGCCCGGGUGGAAGGUUCGCUUUUAAUCCUUCGUCCCGCCUGCGAAUCUCCGGAUUGUCUCCAAAUCAUCGCAUUCACAAUAAAGGCAGAUU